AUGCUGGUGACUGCCGUAUUACUUGCCCUAUCGUUGUGCGUCGGGACGCUGCUGUUUACAUGGCGGCGCAAUCACUUCAACUACUUCAAGAAGUUGGGCAUACCAGGCCCGGAACCAAACCUGAUAUGGGGAAACCUUGUGGAGUACCACUCCAUGGAAAGCUACAAGGUUAUUGGUAAAUGGAUUGAAAGAUACGGCAACGUAUUCGGGUUCUUCAAUGGUGACGCACCAUUCGUCGUGUUAAAUGACCUGGAUUUUAUAGAAUACGUGUACAUUCGGAAUUUCCAAAAUUUCGUGGACCGCGGUUUUAAUAUGGUGACAGACCAGAUGCACCCAGUGCUCGGAAAGUCCCUCUUGCUUGUCGGAGGCCGCGAGUGGAAGGACGUCCGCAGCACCGUCGCCUACAGCAUGAGUGCUGCCAAGCUAAAGACGAUGAUGCCGCACCUGGAAGAAAACGCUGACAUCUUCAUAAAGUCUUUGGAAGAGUAUGCCGAUACGGACAGGGAAGUCCACAUGUCGCCAGAGUUCGAGCAGCUCUCAAUGGACUACACGGCCCGAGGGGCGUUCGGCAUGGACGAGCAUUUUCAGGGGCAACCCGAUCAUCCGCUCUUCAACACUGCCAGGGCAGUCUUGAGAGGCGUCAUGAAAGGUCCCCUGCACAUGAUCGCACAUAGCACAACAAUGUUCAAGAGAUGGAUGAAACCAUUCUACUGGCUAACCACGAUGAUAGGAGAGUUCACGUUCGAGGAACUCGGCAAGGAAACGACGAAAAUAAUUGAAGUGAGAAAGAAAGACCCCUCGCUUAGAAAGCCCGAUAUCCUUCAGAAUCUUAUCGACGCGGAGGUGACCAAUGGCGUUGCGGGCAGCAACGGCGCACAGCGUCCGAAUGGACUUCUCAAGAAGCGACAGGUGUCAUCAGACGCAAUAGCCACAAGCGCGAUUGUACUCUUCAUCGGCGGAUUCGAGACCACGUCUACGUCACUGAGCUACAUCGCUUAUACACUCGCGAAGUAUCCGGAUGUUCAAGAAAAGGCUCGCGAAGAAGUCUUGGAAGCCUUGGCUACAUCGGGCACGCUAGAUUACGAUAUUACCAUGCGGAAACUGAAGUACCUCGGUCAAGUUGUGGACGAAACGUUGCGGCUGUAUCCACCGGGGUUGCUCUUUGUGACGAGACAAGCCAAAGAAGACUUCGAGUACAACGGCAUCAAGUUCAAAGCUGGAACUGCGUUCAUGGUGUCGCAGUACCACUUGCAUAGGAAUCCCCAAUUUUGGACCAAUCCGGACGAGUUCCAUCCUGAUAGGUUCGCACCAGAAAACGAAGCAUUGUUGCACAAGACUGCAUAUGCGCCGUUUGGCAUAGGCCCACGAAACUGCGUCGGAACGAGAUUAGCGUUGCUGACUCUGAAAUACACUAUCGCCAGACUGCUGCAGAAGUAUCGUCUGGAACUGGGACCAUCUCAGAUGGGUUCCAUGGAAAUGGGCGCUUACAGUUUCGUCUCGAUUCCUGCUAGGGGACCAUGGAUAAAACUUUACCGAGUUUGAAGGAAAAAAAAAA